GUCGCGCAGCCUCGUCCCGGCCGCCGCCGCCAUUGGAGUCGGCGCCCCCGCCUCCCAGCUCGUUCCGACCCGGCCUGCUACCGGCCCGGCGCUCCCCGCCCGCGCGCCCGCCCACGCCUGUGGACUAGGUGGCGGGGCCUGGGGCAACGCGCGCGGGGUGACAGGCCCGGCCUCGCGGGAAGCCCGAGCCGGCGGGCGCUCCGGCCCCGCGCGGUGCUGUUCAUGAAGCAUGUCGGCCACCAGCGUGGACCCUCAGAGAACAAAAGGACAAGAUAAUAAAGUACAAAAUGGUUCUUUGCAUCAGAAGGAUACAGUUCAUGACAGUGACUUUGAGCCCUACCUUUCUGGACAGUCCAAUCCGAGUAACAGCUACCCCUCGAUGAGUGAUCCCUACCUGUCCAGCUACUAUCCGCCAUCCAUCGGAUUUCCCUACUCCCUCAAUGAGGCACCAUGGUCCACUGCAGGAGACCCUCCAAUUCCGUAUCUUACUACCUAUGGACAGCUCAGUAAUGGAGACCACCAUUUCAUGCAUGAUGCAGUUUUUGGGCAGCCUGGGGGCCUGGGCAACAACAUCUAUCAGCACAGGUUUAAUUUUUUCCCCGAAAAUCCUGCAUUUUCAGCAUGGGGGACAAGUGGUUCUCAAGGGCAGCAGACUCAGAGCUCAGCGUAUGGAAGCAGUUACACCUACCCACCUAGCUCCCUGGGUGGCUCGGUUGUUGAUGGGCAAACAGGCUUUCACAGUGACACGCUUAGCAAGGCUCCUGGGAUGAACAGCUUGGAACAGGGCAUGGUAGGCCUAAAGAUUGGGGAUGUCACCACCUCUGCUGUCAAGACAGUAGGUUCAAUUGUCAACAGUGUGGCAUUGACAGGUGUCCUUUCUGGCAGUGGGGGGACAAACGUAAGCAUGCCAGUUUCAAAACCAACCUCUUGGGCUGCCAUUGCCAGCAAGCCUGCAAAACCACAGCCUAAAAUGAAAACAAAGAGUGGGCCUAUGGUGGGGGGUGCACUGCCUCCUCCACCCAUAAAGCAUAACAUGGACAUCGGUACCUGGGACAACAAGGGACCUGGACCGAAGGUGCCAGCCCCUCAGCAGACAUCGCCUCCCCAGGCUGCCCCACAGCCCCAGCAAGUGCUGGCUCAACCUCCCCCAGCUCAGCCUCCACCUUUGGCCCAACCACAGUAUCAGAGCCCUCAGCAGCCACCCCAAACUCGCUGGGUUGCCCCUCGGAAUAGAAAUGCAGCCUUUGGCCAGAGUGGAGGGGCCAGCAGCGAUUGCAACUCUUCUGCAAACACCCAAUCUAAUUCUGCCCCAAGUGCAGAAUCCCACCCUAUCCUUGAGAAACUGAAGGCUUCCCACAGCUACAACCCUAAAGAGUUUGACUGGAAUCUUAAAAGUGGACGAGUGUUCAUCAUAAAGAGCUACUCUGAGGACGACAUCCACCGCUCCAUCAAGUACUCCAUUUGGUGUAGCACAGAGCACGGCAAUAAGCGCCUGGACAGCGCCUUUCGUGCCCUGAGCAGCAAGGGGCCCGUCUACCUGCUCUUCAGUGUCAAUGGGAGUGGGCAUUUCUGUGGCGUGGCUGAGAUGAAGUCCCCCGUGGACUACGGCACUAGUGCUGGGGUCUGGUCUCAGGACAAGUGGAAGGGAAAGUUUGAUGUGAAGUGGAUUUUUGUCAAAGACGUGCCCAAUAACCAGCUCCGGCACAUCAGACUGGAGAACAACGACAACAAGCCAGUCACAAACUCCCGAGACACACAGGAGGUGCCCCUAGAAAAAGCAAAGCAAGUGUUGAGGAUUAUUGCUUCCUACAAGCACACAACCUCCAUCUUUGAUGACUUUUCUCACUACGAGAAGCGCCAGGAGGAGGAGGAGGUGGUCCGCAAGGAGCGGCAGAAUCGAAACAAACAAUAAGGACAAGCCAGGUUCUUACGUGGUUAGCAGCUGACUUUGAAAACAGUUUAACUGUAUGCUCGGUGCUGCCUGUGGUGUCAGCUCCCGCGUGUCAUCCUUGUGAGAGAUUGAGUGUUGCAUCUUUAUCUUCUUUAUAGUUCAUUUAAGCUGAUGGAUCUGUGUUCAUUUGUAUUUUUUCUAUGUAUUAUAAUAUUGUAGAACUCACUAAUAAAGGAAUAUUUUUUUGUCAGCUUAUCAGACUGACCUGAUGCAAGAUACAAAUAUCCUUAAAAACGAAACAAAAAACCUAAUACAUCCCAAAGUUUUGUUUUUUUUUUAAUUUUGGCAGAAAUUAUGUUCUUAUUCUUAUAUCCAGCCAUUUAAUAUUUCUAAAGGAAACUACAAAAGUUUUACCCUUUUACUGCUUUUUUGCAAACAGAAAAUAACCUAUGAGCUGUUUGUCAUUAAGAGUAUGCUGUUAAA